AUGACGCGCUCCGUGUUGGCCCUGCAGCUGGUGUCGCCCGAGGAGUACCAGCGGUUCCUGGGCCGGGGCCUGGCCGUGGCUGAACAGCGCGUGCCCAACAGCUACCACUGCCGGACGGCCGACUGCCCCGGCUGGUGCGUCUACGAGGAUGCCGUCAACGAGUUCCGCUGCCCGCUCUGUGCCAAGCUCAACUGCCUGCUCUGCAAGGCCAUCCACGAGGGGCAGAACUGCCGCCAGUACCAGGACAACCUGCGGCUGCAGGCUCACGACGACGUGGCCGCGCGGCAGACCGGCCCUGGUGACACGAGUGGGGGAUGCCGCUGCAACGUGAACGGGCAGAGGUGCCACCCCCACUGCCAGAACUGCCACUGAGCAGGGGCCUGCGGGGGAGAGGCCAAGGCAGGAGCAAGGAGCCUGCAUCACCCCCCAGCAGGAGGCACGGAGGAGUCGGGGCCUGGGCACCUGCCCUGGGCAGGGAGCAGCACGGACCUCGCUGCAGCCCCACGGGGGCGUCUCCUCCCAGCACCGGACAGCAGCCUUGUUCCACCCUAGCACAGCGGCACUCGGGGAGGGCACUGUCACUGGUCAAGGACUGUAGGAGAGGGUGAAGCUGGGCCAGGCAGGCUGGGAGCCCCACGUACAGUAGAGCUGGUCUGCCCCGGAGCCCGCAGCCACCGAGGGCCCAGCCGGCUUCCCUGCAGGAGGAGCCAGCACCUGGCCUUGCCUUACAGGAGCUGCCGGCUCUGGUCAGAGCCCUAGUGCUGCACACGACGAGGGCAGCAGGAGAAGGGGCAGCGACGAGGCUCCCAGGGCCCAGCCUGGUCUGUUCCUGCUGCCAAAGCCCCCCCCAGCUUGUGCCUGACCAGCUGCUGCCAGCAUGCCAGAGGGCCGUGGCAGCGGUGCUGGCCCAGUGCACAGCCAGGCCACAGCGGCUCUCGCGUGACUGUCCCCCCUCAGCAGGAGGGUGCAAGCUGGCAGCUGGGCCCCCGCGUUGCAGUGAGCAGCAUGCG